CACAUCUCUCUUAUAUCUAUUGCUUUCUCUCACUCUCACCAUUUCUAUCCAGUCCAUCAAACCUUCAUUUCAAACCUCUUUAAUGGUUAUGCCCUCUUCAUUAUCCAAUCUCUAAACCCCUCUCCCUACUUCCCUUAUUUUUAUCAUUUAUUCUGCAUAUAUAUGUUUUUUAAACAUAUAUAGUCAGUGCAACUCUUUUUUCUUCUAGCUCUUCCUUUCCGUAUCUUUACUCUAUAGCAUUUUCAAUUAAUACUGCAUUAAAUACUCCUUUUUCUCUGUCUCUAUCUCUCUUCUUCAAUCCUUAGACUUCCAGAAUUCUUUGAGUUCUGCUGUUAUUAUUGGUUUUAACCCUUUUAGCUUAUUCUAUCGAGCAAAGCUAGAAAAUGGCACCAAGGAACAGUCGCAGCAAGGCAAAGGGAGAAAAGAAGAAGAAGGAUGAGAAGGUUCUUCCAGUUGUUACUGAUAUCACAGUGAAUCUCCCUGAUGAAACUCGUACUGUUUUGAAGGGAAUAUCUACAGACAGAAUUAUAGAUGUUCGUCGGCUAUUAUCAGUGAAUACAGAAACUUGCUACAUCACAAAUUUUUCAUUAUCCCACGAGGUGAGGGGACCACGGUUAAAGGACACCGUCGACGUUUCAGCACUCAAGCCUUGCGUCCUCACGUUAACAGAAGAGGACUAUGAUGAAGAGCUUGCACUGGCGCACGUUCGACGGCUCCUGGAUAUUGUGGCCUGCACAACGUGGUUUGGUCCGUCGGCGAGCGCGCAGGAUAAGUCCAAAUCUGAUUCUGGAAAGAAUGCGCCUGGUUUGCAGGAUAAGAGCGCCAAGAAAACCACUAUCAAAUCCCAAGCCACCAAUGCUAAACAGUUACCAUCGUCAAAAGACGUGCCGUUGGAGGCAGAAGGGGAGAUGAGUCAUUCAUGCCCUAAGCUUGGAAGCUUUUACGAGUUCUUCUCACUGUCCCACCUUACUCCGCCUCUUCAAUUUAUAAGGAAGGCAACGAAAAGACACAUUGAGGAGAUUUCGGAGGACGAUCAUCUCUUCUCCCUGGAUGUGAAGCUUUGCAAUGGAAAGCUGGUUCAGGUUGAAGCUUGCAGAAAGGGAUUUUACAAUGUUGGGAAGCAGCGGAUUUUGUGUCACGAUCUCGUUGAUUUGCUUCGGCAGCUUAGUAGAGCCUUUGAUAAUGGUUAUGAUGAUCUCAUGAAAGCAUUUUCGGAACGUAACAAGUUCGGGAAUCUUCCUUAUGGUUUUAGAGCCAACACAUGGUUGAUCCCUCCAUUCGCAGUACAAUCACCUUCAGUUUUCCCUUCUCUUCCAGUUGAGGAUGAAACAUGGGGAGGAAAUGGAGGUGGUCUUGGAAGAGAUGGGAAAAGUGAUUUGAUACCUUGGUCUAGUGAGUUUUUGUUCCUUUCAUCUAUGCCCUGCAAGACAGCAGAGGAGAGGCAGGUUCGAGAUAGGAAAGCAUUCCUUCUUCACAGCUUAUUCGUUGACAUUGCCAUUUUCAGAGCCAUUAAGGCUGUGCAACAUGUCAGACUAAACCCAGACUUAGUUUGUUCGGGUGGGAGUAGUGAAAUUCUUUAUACAGAUAGAGUAGGAGACUUAAGCAUCACAAUUAUGAAAGAUGCUUCCGAUGCAAGCUCUAAGAUAGACACUAAAAUUGAUGGAAUUCAAGCUACUGGAGUGGAUAAAAAAAAUUUAAUAGAGCGGAACCUACUGAAAGGAAUUACUGCCGAUGAGAAUACAGCUGCACAUGACAUUGCAACGCUUGGUAUUGUUAAUGUAAGAUACUGUGGUUAUGUUGCGGUUGUGAAAGUUGAGGGGAGGGAGGAAAAGAAUGUCAAUCCUCCAUCACAAAGUAUUGAACUUGAACAGCCUGAAGGCGGUGCCAAUGCCCUUAACAUCAACAGUUUGAGACUACUUCUUGACAAAGCAACAGCUUCAGAACCCAGUAAACCAGCAACUCACUUACAAAUCUCAGAGCAUGAAGAGCUCAAUGCUUCCCAGGCUUUUGUAGAAAGAAUUCUGGAAGAAAGUCUUGCUAAGCUUGAGCAAGAGGCACUGGAACAGGAUCAUUUUGUAAGAUGGGAACUUGGAGCCUGUUGGAUUCAACAUUUGCAGGACCAGAAAAAUACGGAAAAAGAUAAGAAACCAUCCGCUGAAAAGAGCAAGAAACCCUCCAGAGAAAAAGAAAUGAAGGUUGAGGGACUAGGCACACCUCUGAGGUCCCUUAAGAGCAACAAGAAGAAACUGGAUGAAACCAAUAUGAAAAUGCAGCCUGAAAACUCAAGAUCCGCUGUUGAGGGUGUAAUUGGGGAAGUUGAAGAUGCCACGUCAACUGCUAAGGAAUCUCAACUUGAAAGCGCUGCCAAAAAAAAUGAGCUUGAACUGCAGAGGUUGUUGUCUGAUGCAGCCUUCGUUCGACUAAGAGAAUCAGACACUGGACUUCAUCGCAAGUCUUUGCAACAGCUAAUCGACAUGUCUCAGAAAUAUUACGUUGAUGUUGCUCUUCCAAAACUGGUAGCAGACUUUGGCUCUCUAGAACUAUCUCCAGUAGAUGGCCGGACUCUAACUGAUUUUAUGCAUACUAGAGGUCUUCGGAUGCGUUCCUUGGGACACGUUGUAAAGCUUUCGGAGAAGCUGUCACAUGUACAGUCACUCUGCAUUCACGAGAUGAUUGUACGAGCAUUUAAGCAUAUUCUUCAGGCUGUGAUUGCAGCUGUCACAAACCAUGAGAAAAUGGCUGUAUCAAUAGCUGCUGCAUUAAAUCUGAUGCUUGGUGUUCCUGAAAGUAGAGAUACAGAUAAGUCCCGCCGCAUCCAUUCGCUUGUAUGGAGAUGGCUGGAGGUAUUUCUGAAAAAGCGAUAUGACUGGGAUCUUAGCAGCUCAAGCUUUAAAGAUGUGAGAAAAUUUGCAAUUCUCCGUGGACUAUGCCACAAGGUGGGUAUUGAAUUGGUUCCGAGGGAUUUUGAUAUGGAUUCUCCACAUCCUUUUCAAAAAUCAGAUAUUGUUAGCCUGGUCCCAGUGCAUAAGCAAGCUGCAUGCUCCUCUGCCGAUGGAAGACAACUCUUGGAAUCAUCAAAAACAGCCUUAGACAAAGGAAAACUUGAAGAUGCGGUUAUCUAUGGGACAAAGGCUCUUGCAAAGCUGGUAUCAGUUUGUGGUCCCUACCAUCGGAUGACUGCAGGAGCUUACAGCCUUCUUGCUGUCGUAUUGUAUCAUACUGGAGACUUCAAUCAGGCCACAAUAUAUCAGCAAAAGGCCUUGGAUAUAAAUGAGAGGGAACUAGGACUUGAUCAUCCUGAUACGAUGAAAAGUUAUGGGGAUCUUGCUGUGUUCUAUUACAGACUUCAACACACAGAACUGGCUCUCAAGUAUGUAAAACGUGCUUUGUAUCUUCUUCAUCUCACGUGUGGUCCUUCUCACCCAAACACUGCUGCAACAUACAUCAAUGUGGCUAUGAUGGAGGAAGGCCUGGGAAAUGUGCAUGUUGCUCUCAGAUAUCUUCAUAAAGCUCUGAAGUGCAACCAAAGGUUGCUUGGUCCAGAUCAUAUUCAGACAGCAGCAAGUUACCAUGCAAUAGCAAUUGCACUCUCAUUGAUGGAAGCAUAUCCAUUCAGCGUUCAGCAUGAACAAACGACCUUGCAAAUUCUCCGUGCAAAGCUGGGUCCAGAUGAUUUGCGUACUCAGGAUGCUGCUGCUUGGCUUGAGUACUUUGAAUCCAAGGCCCUCGAACAGCAAGAAGCAGCACGAAAUGGUACUAAGAAGCCUGAUGCAUCCAUAGCUAGCAAAGGCCACCUAAGUGUUUCAGAUUUGCUGGACUAUAUUAAUCCAAGCCGUGACUCCAAGGGAAGAGAUUUUGCGUCAGUAAAAAGGAAAAGCUAUAUUACGAAGAUAAAGGAAAAGACACCGCCAAAUGUUAAUUUAUCAAGUUCCGAUGAAUCUCAAAAAGAGAUACCCAAAGAGGCUUCAGGUGAAGAGACAGAUACACCUGUUGCCAUGGAUAGAUCUGUUGCUACGCAGGAGACAGGCUCUGCCCAAGUUCAGUUCCAGCAGCCGAUUGUGGAAGAGACUGUUGAGAGUAAAAAUGGCAUUGCCAAUGAAAUAUUGCCAGACACACAUGCUGAGGGAGAUGAUGGAUGGCAACCAGUUCAAAGGCCAAGAUCAGCUGGCUCAUAUGGGCGAAGACUAAAGCAGCGGCGAGGACUCAUUGGCAAGGUUUAUCAGAAAAAGAUUGUGGAUUCUAACAUGGAUUACCCUUCAGUCAAGAAUACUCACCAGAAUAACAGGUAUUAUCUUUUAAAGAAACGGGCAAUAUCUCAUGGAAGUUAUGCAGAUCACCAUGCCACAAAUCCUCCCCAGGGUACCAAAUUUGGGCGGAGAAUAGUGAAAACUGUAACAUACAGGGUCAAGUCUAUUCCUUCAGCUAAUAAAAUUGCUAGAAUAGAAAAUUCAAGAACUGAUGGUAAAGUUUUUGCCUCUUCAAUGGAAUCUAGUCCAGUUUCUGCCCCUAAUGAUGUUGGGCUAGUGAAAAAUUCUGUAGUUAGUCUUGGAAAGUCCCUUUCAUACAAGGAAGUAGCAUUGGCACCACCAGGUACUAUUGCUAAGUUUCAGGUCUGGUCUCCACAAAGUGACAUUCCAGAUAACCAGGAAGUUGGUGUUGCAAAACUCAAGGAAGAAACAAAUGAAGCAACAAAAAACACUGGUCCAGUGGUAAAGGAUUUGGAAGGUGCAUCUGGAGAGAAGGCUGAUAAUUCUGCUAUAGAUUCCACAUGUCACUUGGAAAAUGCAACUGCUGUAGAGAGGAAAGAAGAGAGUCACUCAACUGAUGUAAAGGAAGAUAAUUCUUUGAUGGUGCCUCAAAACACACUAGGAUCUGAAUCUGAUAUCGUCAAGGUUCAGGAAGUUAUGCAGAAUAGCAUAUUGAUUGACAGUGUACCAAACUCAAUUGACUCUACCCCAAAGGAAGCUCCCUGUGAGAAGGAUACACCUGAUGAAUUUGAACCCCAAAGUAAUUGUAAUUCCACCUUGCCUCAAGUCGAGGAUUUGAAGGAUAAACCGCUGGUUAUAAAUUCAGGUGAGACUCGUGCACUCCCUAUUAAGAAGUUGUCCGCUUCUGCAGCUCCAUUUAACCCUUCACCAUCCAUUCCUCGUGCUGCACCGCUCCCUGUGAACAUUGCUCUUCCUUCUGGUCCUGGUGCUGUUCCAACUGUUGCACCUUGGCCGGUAAACAUGACGCUUCACCCUGGGCCUGCUACUGUAUUGCCUACAGUUAGUCCGCUCUCCUCCCCACACCAUCCAUAUCCAUCACCUCCUGCAACUGCAAACAUGAUGCAGCCAUUGCCCUUUAUGUACCCUCCUUACAGUCAAAGCCCAACAGUGGCAACGAGUACCUUUCCUGUAACCAGCAAUGCCUUUCAUCCCAAUCAUUUCUCUUGGCAGUGUAACAUGAACCAUAAUGUAUCGGAGUUUAUUCCUAGUACAGUAUGGCCUGGCUGCCAAGCAAUGGAGUUUUCUGUCCCGCCACCUGUUGCUGAGCCAAUUCCUGAUCCCCUGUUAGAGUCUAAACUGCAAUAUGAAAAUCCUCAAAGCACAAGUCCACCUCCAGUUCUGCCGGCGGAUAUUGACAACAUUGGAGAAGUGAAGAAAGAAGUUAACCUUCUAGCAGCAGAGGGAACAGAUGAUGCAAAUGAACUGGCUGUGGAUGGCUUGGCAAAUUUAAAGGAAAACUCUCAUUCAAAUCUGGAUAAGGUUGAAAUUUCUGACAACGAUUCAAGCCAGAACAAAAGCUCCAUAGAGAAUACUAGCAGCAUUGAUGAAAGGAAAUUUGAUGGAGAAAAAACUUUCAGCAUUUUGAUAAGGGGAAGGAGAAAUCGGAAGCAGACUCUGAGGAUGCCAAUAAGUUUGCUUAGUCGACCAUACGGCUCACAGUCUUUUAAGGUCAUAUAUAACAGAGUAGUAAGAGGCACUGAAGCUCCAAAGACCACCAGUUUUGCAUCUAACGAGGACUGUACUGCUACUGCCACAUGAUACUUGAUUCCGCUUUUCUUCUCAAUCAAUCAACCUUGUGUAGCAGGAUGGUUUGGAAAAGUAGAAGUUAGAAACCUUUAUUCAUCAUAUAUGCAGGGAGAUAUGAUUAUCUUGAACAUUUUCUGACUUUCAUGGUCGGACCACCUUCUAGAAAUUCAGCAGCUCUCAAACUGUCUUGUUCUUGCAGUGGAUGUUAGAGAUAGAGGAGUAGAUCUUUUUGUUAAUUCAGGUUUAAACAAUAGGUGUUUUACUUUAGGGACCUAUUUUUAUGUUUGUGAAGGUGACAAUUUUGGCUGACAAUACAGUUAGAAAAUUUUGAUAUCUACCCAAUAAGCGAUGAAAGGAACUUCAAUCUACUUUGUCGGUUGCCCCAGCAUCUAAAGAAAUUUAAUUUAAUUUAAUUUUUUCUCCUCAUAGCAAAUGACUGAAAUUAAUUUGAUUGAAUUGUAAAUAAUUGGAAUUGUUUCCUUCAAAUGGGCGUUGGCAUUUUGUUUAGCUGACUUUUGCUCAUUUCCCCACUUUUCUUCUUUAUUUACUUGUGAACUUUUUCUAAAUUCAACUGGAUUGACAAAAAAAAAAGGAUCUGAAGUCUAAUUCUGCAACAGAUGGACACUAUAAUUUUGACGUCAUCUUUUUUUCCUU